AGGAUUGGCUGGUCGCGGCGGCGGGCGGGGUGAUUGCCGGGCCCGCGCGGGCGGCCGGGCGGAAGCGCCGCUCUGAGGGGGCGGCGGUGAGGGGACCGGCCGGGCCGAGGGGCGAGAGCGCCUGGACCGGCCGGGUCGAGGGGGUGGCGGUUUCGGUGCCAGCCAGGCUGAGGGCGCGAUGCGGGGCGGUCGCCAUCUCUUUCCGCUGGUGCUCCUGGCGCUGCUGCGCGGGCUGUGCCACGGCAGGGAGCCGUCGCCGGGCGCCGUGACCUGCGGCUCGGUGCUGAAGCUGCUCAACACCCGCCACAGCGUGCGGCUCCACUCGCAUGAGGUCAAGUAUGGCUCCGGAAGUGGGCAGCAGUCAGUGACAGGAGUUGAAGCUUCAGACGAUGCCAACAGUUACUGGCGGAUCCGUGGGAAGAGUGAUGGCAGUUGCCAGCGUGGUACACCGGUGAAAUGUGGGCAAGCAAUACGACUGACCCACGUUAACACAGGGAAAAACCUGCACACUCAUCACUUCCCAUCACCACUGUCCAAUAACCAAGAAGUAAGUGCCUUUGGUGAUGAUGGCGAAGGAGAUGACCUGGAUAUCUGGAUUGUGCAGUGCAGUGGGACUUACUGGGAGCGGGAUGACGCCGUGCGCUUCAAGCACGUGGGGACCGAGGUGUUCCUGUCGAUAACAGGAGAACAGUACGGCCACCCCAUUAGAGGCCAGCGGGAAGUCCAUGGCAUGCCUGCUGCUAAUCAUCACAACUAUUGGAAAGCAAUGGAGGGAGUCUUCAUCAAACCCAGUAUGGACCCUGCAAAACAUGAUGAGCUCUGAAUUGACAGAGGAUCCAAAAAGCUUUAGCUGACUCCAGAGUUCAGAGAUGCUAAUCCUUGGUCUCUUCUAAGUCCCGUCUUGCCCGGGUGACUGACUUUCUGUGUUACUGAAGGGCAUUAGUUCAUUCUAGAAAUGCAGCACUUCUGCGGGGAAUGGCUUCUGCCAGGUUCAGCCACUGACAUUUAUUUAGUGAAAUCCUUUCUGAAUUUUCCAGCUUAUUGGUGGAACUAGUUCAUACAUCUGUUAGUUUUUGUUGUCGUUUGUUUGCUUGUUACUUUUUCUUGAAUUCGAAGGAAAUGGAAAAAUAGAAGUAAUACAUUUCUGUAGUCCCAAGUACAAUAGAACUUUGUAUUUUGUAAUCUUUUUCCAACUAUAAUUAAAUAUUUGGAAACCGAUUUCCGCUUCUUAGUGAAAGAAUGUCAUUGAUGAGGAGAUGGAUUGAGUCUAGAAAGGGAAAAAUGGUUAUCAAAAUGGUGUUUUUUGAAUGGCUUGAAGUCAGUUAUCAAGCCUUUGAGUAAACGAAAGUAUCCAUUUGAAAAUAGCUUCCAAUGUGCUUCCUGAGUUUCGUUCUGUACUGUAUUGGAAGAGUUGAAAAUAUUGUGUAUGUUGGAACAAGAAGACAAAAUUUUAAUAUAUUUACUUUGUCCAAGAAGUUCAGAUGAUCUGGUAAUGGUGGUACUGCUAAUUGUCCGUUGGUAAGGCUGAUCUGCUCUAUGAACUGGUGCAGAAAGUUGCUUGUCUAAUUAAUAUUAGAAUUUUAUAAAAUUCCUUAUGCUGCGAAGGGACAGUUGAGUUUGGCUUAUGUUGUACUUCAAUGUCACUCUGGAAGAUCAGUAUGAGAAUUCAGAUGAAUAAAUAGUGUGGCAUAUACCCAUGUGGGGAUUUUUGUGUGUGAAUCCAGAAGAGCAAAAAGAAUCUUAGACAAUAGUUUGGUCCUGGAUUUUUGACAGAAUGGUGUGUGGUGGAGUGCUAGCAGGGAAUCUUCAUUGAACAAAUUAAGAAUUUCUGUGUUCCUCUCGCUCUGUGAAAAGAGAAAUUAAUUCUUGAAUGUGUUUGUUACACAGUGUUACUGGAAAUACCGAUUAAAAUUCAAAAUACCAUA